GUGCAGCUCUGCCAUGGCCUCCGGGGAAGCGAGUGGACCGUCUACUAGGUCUCCGCGGGAGUCAGAGCCGCGCACCCCGCGACAAGACAAGUAUUCGGUGCUUUUGCCCACCUACAACGAGCGCGAGAACCUACCGCUCAUUGUGUGGCUGCUGGUGAAGAGCUUCUCCGAGAGUGGCUUCAACUAUGAAAUUAUAAUCAUAGAUGAUGGAAGCCCAGAUGGAACAAGGGAUGUUGCUGAACAGUUGGAGAAGAUCUAUGGGUCAGACAAAAUUCUUCUAAGACCACGGGAGCAAAAGUUGGGACUAGGAACUGCAUAUAUUCAUGGGGUGAAACAUGCCACAGGAAACUACGUAGUCAUCAUGGAUGCUGAUCUCUCACACCAUCCAAAAUUUAUUCCUGAAUUCAUUAGGAAGCAAAAGGAGGGUAAUUUUGACAUUGUCUCUGGAACUCGCUACAAAGGAAAUGGAGGUGUAUAUGGCUGGGAUUUGAAAAGGAAAAUAAUCAGCCGUGGGGCCAAUUUUAUAACUCAGAUCUUGCUGAGACCAGGAGCGUCUGAUUUAACAGGAAGUUUCAGGUUAUACCGAAAAGAAGUUUUACAGAAAUUAAUAGAAAAAUGUGUUUCUAAAGGCUACGUCUUCCAGAUGGAGAUGAUUGUUCGGGCGAGACAGCUGAAUUAUACUGUUGGCGAGGUUCCAAUAUCAUUUGUGGAUCGUGUUUAUGGUGAAUCCAAGUUGGGAGGAAAUGAAAUAGUCUCUUUCUUGAAAGGACUAUUGACCCUCUUUGCUACUACAUAAAAGAAAGUUAUUCAUUUAUACUUAAUCAUGUUCAUUUCAAUUUAAACAUAAAAGAAGCCUGGUUGCUGAUUUUUAUAAAAUGUACUCUUAGAACAUAAAUCAUAAGGUAAGGUAAAUUUCAUGCAAAUCUUUUUUCCUGAGAAACUCCAUUUUAUAUGUCAAAUUAGAAAAAUGAGCAGCGUUCUCAAUUUUCGUUUACAUUUUGCUGUACUAAGACCUAUAAAUAAAUGUAUAUGAAAUUUUUGCAUAAAAAUCCUUCAUUAGCGUAUGCAAAUGCAGGAUUUCUUACAUGGGGAAGAUUUUGAAAUAUUCUUUAUAAAAACUGUAUUCAGGGGCUUCCCUGGUGGCGCAGUGGUUGAGAGUCCGCCUGUCGAUGCUAGGGGACACGGGUUCGUGCCCUGGUCCGGGAAGAUCCCACGUGCCGCGGAGCGGCUAGGCCCAUGAGCCAUGGCUGCUGAGCCUGCGUGUCCGGAGCCUGUGCUCUGCAACGGGAGAGGCCACAACAGUGAGAGGCCCGCAUACCGCAAAAAAAACCAACCAAACAAACAAAAACUGUAUUCAUAGCUCUGGAUUCAUACCUAAUACAUGUCAGAAGUAAGAGGAGUGCUAAUUAUAUUCAUGAAAUACACAUAUGAUACAUGGCUGUUUCUAUAUGAACUAAAAAAGAAAUACACACCUCUGGCCCCCCCCACCUUUUUUUUUUUUUUUUUUUUUUGGCUGUGCUGUGCAGCUUGUGGGAUCCUAGUUCCCCAACUAGGGUUGAACCGGGGCCCCCGGCAGUAAAAGCGCCGAGUCCUAACCACCGGACCACCAGGGAAUUCGCAGCUGUAGUAAUUUUUAAACAACUAUGUUUUUUUCCUCAAAAUAUUUUUCAUGUUAUUUCAGGACCCUUAGCAAAGCAUACAUCUUUAGUAACGUGACUAAAUCCCCUGUAGCUCUUCUGUUGAGAAAACUGUUCUGCCAGUUGAAAUGUUCAGUAAAGCCCUCAGAAAUAUUCUAUUUACCCACCUUAAGUGGGUAUUGCAAAAAAGAUUAAUUUCCAAGUAUAGCAUAGCUUUUAGAUCACGCAGUGUCUUUUAAAAUUUUGAGUAAGGCAUACUUUGAGCAAAUAAGCUUAAGAUCAAAUUGACUUUCCUUAGCAAGUAAAAGGAAGGGGCGUCUCUAAGUCAUUUAAUAAGCAGAUUCAGUGAACAGUAUUCCUACUACUGCAUUUUCCUGGCUUAAUUUGGCUGCUGAAGAAACUUCAAGUCUGAUUUUUCCAUUUGCAUUUCUAACAGAUCCUACCAGAAAUGAAUACCAGAGUAUAAAACCUUUGGUGUCGUUUUGAACAUUACCAAUUCUCAUAGUUGAAUCCAUAGGACACAUUCCAAUAAGGGCCUCUACUGUUUCCCUUUUAUGCAGAGCUGAACAGCUGGCCCACCAUGGACCCCUCUUCCUUGGGGAAGUGACUUCUCUCAUCACUACUAACAACUAGAAAAUUUAUUACCACUGAUGUAAAAUAAUUUUUUUUGAGUGUUUAGAUUCUUUCUCGUCUGAGCCCAAAGUUAAAUUUUCAUUGUCAACUCUGUGGAGCAGAGAUUAAAUAACCACCUCAGAGAGCCCACUAUAAAAUACUGUCUUCUCAGACCUCACUAGGGUAGGUACCUUUUGCCUUUGUUUAGUCUUUUGGUUCUUAUUCCCACAAUCAUUACAACACUAUCAUUAUUUACAGUAAAUUAUUUGAGCAGUGAAAACGUUCACCAUUUGGAAGUUAUUUAGAAAAGAAUCUGGACUAUUUAGAUAGAUUUUUGUAGUAAAUCUGGUGACUUAAACACUGUAAAAUCUUUUUAAACAUUUACAUGUGAAUCCAGCAUCCCUUUUUACUUUGUAAAUGGGGCCAAGGAUGAAAUCCAGAUGUUCUCCCUUUGUAUUGGUAUUAUCUCUGUAUGAAAUCUAAGUAUAUCUAAGGAAAACUAAAUUUAAAAUUAUUUUGCUUAUUUCAUAUUAGUUCUUGCCUGUCUUCUGCAACAUGGAAUUAGCUUCUUCAUCUUUGUUUCUCUAAAUUGAAUGUUUUGGGUCCCCUCCUCCUUUUUACAACUUUUUUCAGCUGUUUUCCCUUGAAAUACUGAUUUGGCUUUUAAAGAUAUAGUUUAUCACAAUUUCAGAAAUUAACGGAAUACUGUGUUGGAUGAAACAGCUUGUUAAACCUGCUAACUGAAGCCUUAGACAUUGAGCUAUAUGUAACCACAAUUUGUUCUGUUUUCAGUAAAGUCAGAUUCUUUGUGGA